AAGCAUAAACAUUAGUCGCAUUUUACUUUUCAAAGAAAUUUGCAUUUUCUGUUUUCUCCUUCUAUUUCUCUGAGUUAACAAACAUUGCAGGAAAAGAAAAUCUCACUCGAAUAAUUUAAGAAACCCAAAAUCACAAUCCGACUUUGUGCAAACCAAAUAGAACUUAGAAACCAACACCCAGAUGGAAUCUGUGGCACAUAACAUUGACGCCAAGGAGCGUACAGACGAUGUUCGUCUGAAAAACGUUUCGCCAUUUAGCAAAAUGCUAUUAGCCGAUCCCAUUCGCAAAGGCCUAGAAGCUGCUGGAUUCGUUUAUCCAACUGUUAUUCAAGCAGCAGCCAUACCAAUUGGAAAAUCUGGAAUGGACCUCCUUGUGCAAUCGAAGUCUGGAACCGGCAAAACUCUGAUAUUUUGCACAAUCAUCUUGGACGCAUAUCAGACAGAAAUUCGGGAACCACAAUCAUUGGUAUUGGUUCCAACGCGAGAAAUCGCCGUACAAAUAGAAUAUGUGCUCAACCAAAUUGGAAAGUAUUGUCAUGGUUUCCGUGCCAUAAGUGUAAUCGGUGGCAUGGUAGUGACAGAAGACCGCAAAAAUCUCCAAGGAGCCAAGGCAAUAGUCGGCACUCCUGGACGCGUCCUUCACCUCAUCCAAAAUGAAAUCCUAAACACAUCGAAAAUCCGUCUACUUGUCAUUGACGAGGCCGAUAAAAUGUACUCACAGUCUUUCCGACAAGAUCUUGCAGUCAUCCGCCAGUUCCUUCCCUCCAGAAAACAAACUGUCGCCUGCAGUGCAACAUUCUGUAAUGAUCUGGACAAGGAACUGGCAAAAAUGAUGAAGAAUCCUCUGCUCGUCUCCACCGAAAACCGAGCCACCCUUCUAGUCGGUAUAAAACAGUUUGUCUAUGAGAUCCCCGAACAAAAGACGAGUAUCCUCGAGAUGAACCGCAAACUGGACGCAUUGAGAAAGAUCUUUGGAAUGAUUCCCUUCAAGCAGUGCUUGCUCUUCACCGGAUCACAAUCUCGUGCCGAAUCCUACAAAAACUGUCUUGAACGAGAGGGUUGGCCCUGUGAGUUGAUCUCGGGCGCUCAAGACCAGAAAACUCGUCUGGAGAUGUUUAAGAAAUUCCGAGAAUUCAAGACACGCAUCAUGGUGUGCACGGAUUUGAUGGCUCGUGGCAUUGAUUCGGAGAACGCGAACCUCGUCAUAAAUUUGGAACUACCCACAGAUGUGGUCACCUAUCUGCAUCGCAUUGGGCGCGCCGGACGCUUUGGUUCCCACGGCAUUGCCAUCAGUUUUGUUGCCUCGGACAAGGAUCGCGAGUUAUUCACAAAUAUUCGGGACAAAAUAGGUACUGGCAUGAACAUUCUACGCUUCCCUGAGUUGGAUAUCGAUCGUGAUUUCUGGGAUUUUACGAACUUCGAUAGAGAUUUCGCUCAAUAUGGUUGUUUUGGUGACCCCGAAGUGCGGUGGGGAGCCGACGAAGGUGGAGACAAAGAGAACGUUGUCGAUAACAAUUUCACCCAUUCCAUAGACACCAAGACAUUCCAGGUUGAGUUGCGAGAGGCAGCUAUGGGCUUGCUCGAGUUAGUUCCUCAAAAACCCGAACACCUACACAAACUUACCCCCGAAUCAAAGCAGAGUUCCUCACAGAAGUUGCCGUCGUCGAAUACAAUUGACGAUGCUAGUAGCAUUGCAGCUGAUAGCGAUAUCCUGCGAAGUAGCCAACAGGAUAUCCAACAAGCUGCUCCAAAGCCCAUCCAGUCGGUGUUGUGUGAAAAGGUCUCCAUCCCAAAUAUCACAGACUUCCUUGUGGAUCGGAGGGAGAAGAAAAAAAUUGAUCCUUUCGAAGAAUACAAAAAGGUUCUGGACAGCAGCCGAACAGAAUCUGUCGAGGAUGUCAUGCGAAGCCCCCAGAAACUGAUGGAUAUUAAGAAUCUGCUUAUAAAUUCAAAGGAACCCGCUCGAAUCAAAAAAGACAUCUAUUCAGACUACGAGAACUUCAACGAGGAGAGUCCCUCGGUAAGCCAAGCCACUUGCGCUGAUGUCGACAUAGACAAGGCCACAUUUAUUCUCUCUGUUGCAACCCCGUCGGCGCUAGACGCAUCCAGCCAAGAUCUCAACACCAGUCAGCAGUGUGACGUCACAGAAGAUCCCGAUCCAGAGGUCAAACACUUCCCAUCUCCGGCGAACAUCAAUCCACCACAAGCAAUACCAAUCGUCCCCAUACCAGCACCGCCUGCAGAUCGAUCUCCGACUCUGAGUGAAAGAUCCAACAGUGUUUACUCCGAUGACACCGAACGCGGCAGCAGCGGCUUCGAUGAGAACAUAAUAUCCGGCGGUACUUCGGGUAUUGUUACCAGUGGGAUGGAUGAUGAGUCGUCGUAUGGCGAUGAGUCAGCCUCGUAUUUUACUGACUAUGACGAUGAUGACGAAAGGUACAACUGGAACUACCAGGACGACAAUGAGUUUAAUAUUGGAUCUCCUUACUACGAAGAGGAGGAGGAGUUGGAGGAAGAAGAAUCAGAAGGAGAUGAUACCGAAAAUUAUGAUGAGGGCGCGACCAGAGAGUACCAGCAGGCUUACCAUCGUUGGGUGAACAUGUACUGGAAUCAGAUGACUCUUGUCAGAGACUAUGUUAAUUUUUCCUCCUUUGUUCGAGGAACUGGAUAGAUAGAGAUGGGGAAAUGAUUUCUCGAAACACGUUAAACAAACAAAAAAGAAAUAAACUAAAGAAAAGUUGAAUUGGAAUAAAUUAUUAUUAUUACUUAAAAUUUUA